AUGCGUCGUCACAUCAACAUAGUCUGCCGAAACGCCUCUCUUGCUCUGAGAAGGAUUGGAAAGAUUCGCUCCUUCUUAAACAUAACUACUACUGAAACCUUGAUUCACGCCUUUGUCUCAUCUCUUCUAGAUAACUGCAACGGUCUCCUGUACGACAUUCCUGAUAAAGACCUCUCUAAACUCCAAAGAAUUCAGAAUUUAGCAGCACGGCUCAUCGCUAGAUCAAAGAAGCAGAACCACAUCACCCCCAUUCUACAAGAACUCCACUGGCUUCCUGUCAAUGCUCGCAUACAGUACAAAGUCCUGCUCCUCACAUUCAAUGCUGUCCAUGGUCUCUCCCCUCAUUACAUUUCUGAACUGAUAACGCCAUACACCCCGACAAGGUCACUCAGAUCCUCUUCACAGCUUCUCCUACAAGUUCCCCCAUACAGAACAAAAACAUUAAUCACCCAAGACUUCAUCUCUAAAACCUUUGCGCGGUAUGUCGAUAAAUUAGAUCGCUCCUGUACGGUGGCCUCUAGCGACCAACUAGAUGCGUUCGACCACAAGGAACACAAUAACCGCACGGAAGGUAAAUACCCGUUUGAAGAGAUUCUUCAUAAGGUCAAUAAUAUGACCAUGAAGAAGGAGUCUGUCAAACUCAAGGCUAUUUAA